UUAAUUUUCGCGUUGGAGACCAUAAAUUAAAGAACAUAAACAUGUCGCAGGACGUAAUUUCGUCUCACGAGCAGCUCUCCAUGGAUGAGAUCACAAGCCCUCUCACCGCACAAAUCUUCGAUUUUUGCGACACACAAUUAUUUCAAGAAGCUUUCAACCAAACUUCUGAAGUGACCUCUGCUUCAAACGGUUGUGGCUACGCCGAAAACAACAGCAACAACUAUCCGGACAAAUCCAACAGUGGUUCGAAUCAAGAUCAUGAAGACAACAACGACAACGCGGAUUUAUCGAUCAUAUUUGACUCGCAAGACGAUUUCGAUAACGAUAUUACAGCUUCCAUCGACUUCUCUUCAUCGAUCCAGUUCCCUGCCUCCGAUCAACUCCAGGAGCAGUUUGAUUUCACCGGAAUUCAACUUCACCAGCCUCCGAGUACUCUCUACUCUUCCUCCUCCGGCGAACUUCUACCUCCGCCUUUAUCAGCUUUCGAAGAAGAUUGUCUUUCUUCUGUCCCAAGUUACAACCUUGGCUCCAUAAACCCUUCUUCACCUACUUGCUCUUUCUUGGGUAAUUCCGGUUUACCAGCUUACAUGUCUGUAACCGGGAAUAUGAUGAACACUGUGACUGGCUUAGGAUCUGGAUUUUACUCUGGAAGUAUCCAUUUUGGUUCUGAUUUCAAACCAUCACAUGACCAAUUGAUGGAGAUACAGGCUGAUAAUGGUGGACUGUUCUGUCCAGAUCCUAUCAAACCCAUCUUCAAUCCAGGAGAUCAUCCUCUCCAGGGUCUUGAGGGUAACGAGAACCAGAACCACAUGGCGGCACCACCGGUUCUUCCGCAGUUAGGGACGGAAAUAGCCGGUUUAGACGAUCCAAAUUUCAAUAAAGUGGGAAAACUCUCCGCGGAGCAGAGGAAAGAAAAGAUUCAUAGGUACAUGAAGAAGAGAAACGAGAGAAACUUCAGCAAGAAAAUCAAGUAUGCAUGUAGGAAGACAUUGGCAGAUAGUCGUCCAAGAGUUAGAGGAAGAUUCGCAAAAAAUGAUGAAUUUGGUGAACCAAAUAGACAAGCUUGUUCAAGCCAUCCAGAUGAAGACGAUGAUGAUGUGGGGGUAAAGGAAGAAGAACAGCUAGUUGAUUCUUCGGACAUAUUUUCACACAUAAGUGGUGUGAACUCUUUCAAGUGCAGUUAUCCAAUCCAGUCUUGGAUUUGAUUUGAAGUACUAAAAUCACAUUUCAUGCAUAGUCUUGUAAGUUGCAAAGAAAGAAAAAACAACAUAGUAUUUUAUAGAGGUCUUAUUGUAUAUUUAUUAGUACAUUUUUUGUGUCCGUGACUCAUGGUUUGUCGAAUAAUUAGAACAUAAAGAAAA